AUGAGUGAACUUGGGGUUUCUGGUUCACCAAAUGAAAGCCCAAAUGUUGAAAAAAAUAAUGACGGCCCUAUAGAAGACGGACGCGAUGUAAACGCGGAUGAAAUAAAUGAAGAAGGUGAAGGUGAUCGUUUAGAUAAUAAUGAACAUCACGACUCUUCAGAAGAAUCUGAAACGGAUGAGGAAGCUGAACGAGCGAUCCGUGAAGGAUUCAUAGUCGAAGAUGAAGACGAUGAGGCACCUCAAGAAGCCUUGAAGAAGAAAAAGCGCAAAAAACGCGCCGAGGAAGAAAAAGCACCUCAAGGUAUGCUGGAUGAGGAUGAUCUAGAAUUGGUCAUGGAGAAUACUGGUCAGGAUAAUCGGACAAAACUAAAAAGGCUGAAGCGAGGACGUGACCAGGAGGAAGAUCUUGAAAAAAUUUUUUCAGAAGAUGAAGAUCAAGAAGAAAAAGAACCCACUGAGCGAGAAGAGGGAAUCGAUGAACCCGACCGUGCAUAUGGAAGACGCAAUGGGGUUAUGGACGAAUUUGCGGAUUUCAUUGAACAGGACGAAUUUGAGGAUGAAGAGCCUCAAGAAGAAAAGUAUGAUGUGACUCCUCAAAUUGAAUCGGUUCGACCAGAGGCAUUGGGCAUAUCCGAAGAUGACUACAUUCAAAUAUACGAGAUUUUCGGUGAUGGAGCCGACUAUGCUUUUGCCUUGGAAGAUGAAGACGUUGAAGAUGAACUUCAAGAGCCUGUUAGUUUGAAAACUAUAUUCGAGCCCAGUGAACUUCAAGAAAAAAUGCUUACGGAAGAAGAUGAAAUUAUUCGUAUAACCGACGAACCUGAACGCAUGCAGUUAUAUAUGAGAAGAAAUGCCGAUUGCGCUGACCAAGAAUUACUUGACGAAAGUCUCUGGAUCACCAAUCGAUUGUUGGAAAAGAGGCAUGAUAUGAAGAGCGACUUGUUAGACCAUUUCCGAUCCGCUGUACGGCAUACAGUUCAUUUCUUCGUUCGAGAAAGUCUUGAAGUUCCCUUCAUAUGGCAACACCGUCGAGAUUACAUAAUUCAUUAUGAUCGCCAGCGUGAUUCUAUAACCCCGCUACUUAACCAAGAUGAUCUCUGGUGUAUUUUCAACUUAUGCACCAGAUACUGGUCUCUCCAUAGCAAGAAGAAGGAUCUCAUGAAAUUAUAUUCUGAUCUAGGUAUCAGUGAUGAGAUGGUUGUUACAUUAUGCCAAGAAGCAUCUUCCUUGGAAACAGUAGAUGACUUGAAUGAUUAUCUUCACUUUACUUAUUCCGAACAAAUUCGGGAUCGUGCUUUGUUGGUUGGCACUGGCCUACGCCGACCUCAAGUAUCAAAGUAUUCCUUUUAUGAAAAGACUAAAAAAUCCCCACUUUAUCAUCUCGUAAAAGAGUUCGGUAUUAGCGCUAGAGACUUUUCAUUCAAUGUUGUCCAAGGUGCUCGUCUUCGUUUUGUUGAAGAUGUUUCAGUAUCACCUCAAGAACUUGCCACUUCGUAUGUCUCUACCGAUCUCACCGAUCAUGAGUCGGUUUUGCAAAGAGCUCGCAAGGUGUUCGCUGAAGAGGUUGCUCAUGAUCCCUAUUUUAGAAAAGCAUUUAGAGAUAAAUUAUUUCAAACCGGCGUUGUAUCUACAUUAGCAACACAAAAGGGUGUUCGUAAGAUUGACAACGAGCAUCCUUAUUACGAUUUUAAAUACUUAAAGGGCAAGCCAUUGGCAUCCUUUGAACAGUCUCCUAUCCUGUUUUUAAAAAUGCUAAAAGCUGAAGAAGAAGGGCUUAUACAAUUAUCGGUUGACUUUAGCGAUAAAAACACUGUCUUUAAUGACUUUUUUGAACUUAUAUUAUCCGAUAGUUAUUCAGAAAAUGCCACUAAAUGGAAUUCUCAACGAGAAAUGGUCUUAAAAGAUGUCUUCAAGCAGUUAUCAACUUUAGCGCCAGGCGCAAUUCGUGAAACCCUCCGUUCCAAAUAUUUGGAUGAACUAGGAAUGCUUUGCCGUACAAGGUUGUAUUCCAGAUUGGAUCAAGCACCUUAUGAACCUACAACGAAAAAUUUUGACCGCGGGACCAUUCCUUCGGUCUUAGCGGUUUCUAAUGGCAAAGGUGAACCCUCUGAUGCAAUCAUUUGUCUUUUCGUUAAUGAUAUGGGUGAGCCAGUCGAUUCAAUCAAAUUACCCGAUUUUAGAGACCCUGCAAAUCAAGCCAUGUUUACUGACUUUGUUGAUAAAGUCAACCCCGAUGUCAUUGGUGUCUCCGGAAUGAGUGUUGCUGCACAUAAAGUACGUCAGAAUGUGCAAGUGUCUUUGAGCUCUCGUGAUCCUGUCGAUAUUGUUAUGGUAAACGAUGAAAUUGCUCGUCUUUACCAAAACUCUUCUCGCGCAACCGACGAGUUUCCAAGUUUUUCCACUAUAACAUUGUACUGCAUUGCGCUGGCUCGCUACGUGCAGAAUCCAUUGUUUGAAUAUGCGGCUUUAGGUCAUGACCUUCUGUCUUUGUCAUUUGAUCCCUGGCAGCAUCUCUUACCUUCAGAGACUUUGUGGAGAUAUCUUGAAACUGCAUUGGUAGACGUAUCCUCGCUCGUUGGAAUAGAUAUAAAUGAGGCUGUCAAUAAUAAGUACGAGGCCAACAUCCUUCCUUACAUUGCAGGCUUAGGUCCUCGUAAAGCAGACUACAUACUUAAAAAGAUUGCAACAGUAGGUGGCCGAAUUGACAACAGAAGUGACUUAAUUUCUAAACAAAUCGUUACAAGAAAGAUUUUUAUAAACUGCUCCUCAUUCUUCAUUAUACCAAAUGAUGAAUACCCAAACAUGGAUAUCCUAGACACAACCCGUAUCCAUAAUGAAGAUUAUGAACUCGCUCGUAAAAUGGCUAGCGAUGCUUUAGAAUUAGAUGAAGAGGAUAUUGAAGAAUUAGAAGCUAGCAAAGGUGUUGUGUAUCACUUGCUAGAGGACAAUGAAGUGGCGAAGGUUGAUGAACUUGUACUUGAAGAAUAUGCUGAUCAAUUAGAACGUGAGUUCCAUCAACGUAAAAGAAGUACAUUAGAAAAAGUUCGUCGAGAGUUAAAAGAUCCUUAUGGGGAACAAAGGAAUAUGUUCCAUAAACUUACUCCUUCAGAAAUAUUCCUCAUGUUAACUGGUGAAAAUCCAAGAAACUUGCGUCCUGAUACGCUGGUUCCUGUAAACGUAAAGCGUGUUACUAAUCGAUUUGUUGCUGUUAAGCUCGACUGUGAUGUUGAUGGCGACAUUAAAGCUGAUGAAGUUAGUGAUGACUUUAUUCCACCUCCUCAGCUCCUUCAAGCAGGUCAGACAGUUGAAGCUAUUAUCAUUUCUUUAAAUGAGCAGAAUUUUACAGCGGAACUUUCCUUGAGAAACAGCAUCAUGCAGACUGUGCAGGUUAAACAAAAGGAUCGUUCCCAUUUGACAGCUUAUUGGGAUGCUGAAGCUGAAGACCGCGAUAAUGAGAAAAUGCAUGCCGAAACACAAGCUGAACAGCGAGUGGCUCGUGUCAUUAAACAUCCAUUGUUUAAAGAUUUAAAUGCUUCUCAGGCAGAAGCGUAUUUAUCCAAGUUACAGGUUGGUGACUUAGUUAUUCGACCGUCAUCGAAAGGUUCUGAUCAUAUUGUAGUAACUUGGAAAGUUGGUGAAUCCGCCUUUCAGCAUAUUGAUGUUUUGGAACUGGAUAAAGAAAAUGAGUUUAGCAUUGGUCAACGAUUGAUUGUUAAAGGUCGUUUUGAAAAUAUGACAUACCAGUACAGCGAUUUGGAUGAAUUGAUUGUCAUGCAUAUCAAAGCAAUUGCUAAGAAGAUUGAUGAAAUGUGCAUGCAUGAAAAAUAUAGACCGGGAGGUCGUACUGAAACUGAACAUUGGCUAGAUAGCUACUCUGAGGCUAAUCCCAAGCGUUCUUGUUAUACUUUUUGCUCUGAUCAGGAUCACCCGGGAUAUUUUGUCCUUUGUUUUAAAGCUGGCGUAGCUUCUCCAGUGUUGGCAUGGCCCGUGAAAGUGAUUCCAAACGCUUACUUUUUGCAAGGCAAUGUUUAUGCUGACAUGACCGCCCUUUGCAAUGGGUUUAAACUUUUGUAUGCUGCGCGUGCAAAAGGUUCUAGACGCUAA